GUCGGAAUAACCACAAGAGAACGGAGAUUUCUGCAUCCAUCUUCAUCAACAUGACAUGCUUUAUUUGCAUUUUUGUCUUUUGUUUGUCAGCAUUUUUAAUGGAGGCGCAGGGUACGUAUGGCCCUUACGUACGGAACCAUAACCAGCUGUACGCGGACCGGCAGAGAUCUCACUUCACCCCCAAUAUGCCUGGACACGGAAACUCCAUCAACUUUGGAGCUCAGGGCUUUAAUCACAGGUUUUACAGCUAUCAUCAUCGCAACCCUCAUCAUCACCAGCGGCCACCCUGGAAGGGGCCUCCUUUUAUCUACCACCGUCCUGCCUUACCUGUCCGGCCCAUCUCACCUGUCCAUCCUGUCCGGUCAGUUGUGCCCACACCUCCCAGAAUGCCAGUGGUGUUACCUGUCCCUACAGUGCCCAUCCCAGUCACCAAGGUAGCCACCCAACCCCCGCCACCUCCAACACAGACUACAGCCACUACAACCACGACAACCACUUCAGAGCCGGUCAGUACCCCUCAUGGCACAACUGCCCCUGCCGAACCCUCCACUGACCCAGCUCCAGUAGAGCUCUGCAAGAGCCGUCCUCUAGAUCUGGUUUUCAUCAUUGACAGCUCUCGUAGCGUCCGCCCUGCAGAGUUUGAAAAAGUCAAAAUCUUCCUCUCUGAAAUGGUUGACUCUCUUGAUAUCGGAUCCGAUGCCACACGAGUCGCCCUGGUCAACUACGCCAGCACCGUCAACAUUGAGUUCCUUCUGAAAAAGUACUUUAGUAAGGCCGAGGUCAAGCAAGCCUUCUCCCGUAUUGAUCCCCUCUCAACGGGAACCAUGACUGGCCUGGCCAUAAAAACCACCAUGGAACAGGUUUUUACAGAGAAUGCUGGGGCCCGGCCACUAAAAAAGAAGAUUGGUAAGGUGGCCAUCAUUGUGACUGAUGGACGGCCGCAAGAUAAAGUUGAAGAGGUGGCAGCAGCUGCAAGGGCUUCUGGGAUUGAAAUAUAUGCUGUCGGAGUGGACAGAGCAGAUAUGCGGUCUCUCAAAUUGAUGGCCAGUCAGCCUCUUGAUGACCAUGUGUUCUAUGUGGAGACAUACGGUGUGAUCGAGAAACUCACAUCCAAGUUCAGGGAGACACUCUGUGGUUUCGAUGCUUGUGCAUUUGGGCACAGCUGCGAACAUAUUUGUGUCAACAACAACGCCUCUUAUUUCUGCAAGUGCAGAGAGGGAUAUGUUAUCAACUCUGACAAGAAAACGUGCUCUAAGCAGGCCAAUGAAGAGGCAAGAGGAGAUCUGACUGAGAAUGCCUGCAUGUGUGAAGCUCAGAUCGCAUUUCAGAGGAAGGUUCACAACAGCAUACAGACGCUUACCAGCAGACUGGAUGACAUCUCACACAGAGUGCAGCAGUUUGAUCUCCAUCGCGCCUAGAGUGGAGGAUGGGACUCUAAACGGCUUGUUCUAAAAAACAAACAAACAAAGGAUUUAAUCUCUCAUUAGCUGCCUACAAUGUAUCCCAUGCAUUCCACAUUUUGUUUAUUUAAUCUGACUUCAUAUUGUGCUUAU